AUGAGAGCUAGGCACUUAAGGACUUUAAUGGAGGAUGACACAACAUUUUACCCAUCUGAUCUUUUCCAAGUUACACCAAUUUUGGCUGUCCCAGAAAAGGUAGGCCCUGCUUCAGGAAGUGAUGAUACUAUUGACAUUCUGGUAAAGCAGAACCAUGAGAAAUAUGGCCAAGACAGCCUCAGCACCAGUGGAGACUCUGAGAUGUCAUUGUUGUACUUUAUUAACGAUCAUGAAGGGAAGAGACGUGCUACUUCUGACCGUAAAUCUUCCUUUUUGAAGGCAACAGGGGCUACAAAUGAUGGCACAAAGAAUCAAGCAGAUGUUAAGAUGAAGGCAAAGGAGCAUGUAGUUGAAACCAGGGGUCUAGCAGAUGAAAAGGCCAGUGAACAAAGUUUGGUGAAAGACAAUGUUACUGUUGCAGACACACCACUGACUGAUGGUAUGGAUCAGGAGCAUGAUAGUCAAAAUUUGUUAGGCAAUGAAAGCCUGUUAAACCAGUGUGUAAAUGAAAUGGCAACUGAGACUGGAAAGGAAGGUGACGGUCACAUAGAAAACAGUUUAGAAACAAGAAAUGUUGAUCAAGUAGCAGAGGACACUGCAGAGACUGAAACAGCAUGCGAAGACCGAGCCGCUGGCACCAAGACGCAUAUUACUGAAUGUAGCGAUGUACCUAUGUUGAAUGAGGCCAGUGCCACCGCUCAGUCUACUGAUGCCCACGAAGAUCAUUCAAGCAGUUCAAGUGACUCAGACUCAGAUUCAGACUCAGACAGUAGUGAUUGUCAAUGCAGCAAAUGUGGUAACAGUAGUAGCAGUAGCAGCAGCAGCAGUAGUAGUAGUUCAAGUUCUUCAGAUUCUGAUAGUGACUCAGAUGCAGUCAUUGAAGAAACAAUGCAAGAAGCAACAAAUACAAGUGUUGCUGGAGGUGGACCAGACCAGAGUAAAAUAGUGAGCCGCGUGAACAAGAAAUCUCCAAGAAAAACUCCUCGGAAAUUACCUUCAAAGCGAGAAAAGUCACCAAAGAAACCCUCACCUAGUAAGUCACCCCACAGGACAAGUAAAACCCCAAACAAGAUGCUAAAAACGCCACACAAGUCUCCUGGAAAGGUUGUUCUGAAAACUCCAGGAAAAACGCCAUGUAAGAAACUUGGAAAGACACCCAAAAAGUCACCUAGUAGCAAAUUAAAAGAGCCAAGUGUUCAAAUUUUACCUGAUUUCCACAGCAAGUUGGAGGAGAAUGGCGUUACUUCAGCCGAGGAUAAAAGCCAGAGUAAGGCUUUUAAUUCACAGGUACCAGGUACAAAACACAAUACUAGCAAUGGCCACAUCAUAUCACCACCGCAGAUACAGAUGCUGAUUUGUUCCCAUGACGAUCUGAAAAGCUCAGACCAAGAAGCGAGAAGAAUCGGUUAG